GUCUCACAUCCUGUCGGCACAUUUCCUCCUCUCUCUCGCUCGCUCGCUCGCUCGCCCUCUUAAACUUCUUGAGCGGCGGGCGUCCUGUAAGUGUCGCGGCUGCAGACGCGCGCGUGCAUGAGUCGCGGGUGCGCCCCGGAACGCCGAUAUUAACAGACGUGGACCCCGCCACUACACCAUUAGCACCAUGACUGACCGAUUUGACUGCCACUACUGUCGUGACUCUCUCUACGGGAAGAAAUACAUCAAAAAGGAUGAGAAGCACUGCUGCCUGCGCUGCUUUGACAAAUUCUGCGCUAAUACGUGUGCUGAAUGCAGACGACCCAUCGGCUCAGAUGCCAAGGAACUGCAUUAUAAAAACCGCUACUGGCACGAGGAUUGCUUUCGCUGCUCCAAAUGCUACAAGCCCCUGGCUAAUGAGCAGUUUGCAGCAAAAGAUGACAAGAUUCUGUGCAGCAAGUGCAGUUCCCGAGUAGACUCAAGCCGAUGCCAUGGUUGCUACAAGCCCAUCUUGCCAGGUACCCAGAACGUGGAAUACAAAGGCAAUGCUUGGCAUGAGGAGUGUUUCACUUGCUACCAGUGUAAGAAGCCAAUUGGGUCUGAGAGCUUUUUGACUAAGGGCGAUGAUAUCUACUGCGCUGGUUGCCAUGAGAAGAAGUUUGCAAAGCACUGUGUCCACUGCAAGCAGGCGAUCACUUCUGGAGGCAUAAGCUACCAGGAUCAGCCCUGGCACGGUGAGUGCUUCAUCUGCAACACCUGCAAGAAACCCUUAGCUGGUCAGCGCUUCACUGCACACGAGGGCAACAUGUACUGUGUGGAUUGUUACAAGACCUCCGUGGCCAAGAAAUGCUCUGGAUGCAACAACCCUAUCACAGGGUUUGGCAGAGGAACCAAUGUAGUGAACUAUGAAGGAAACUCCUGGCAUGAGUACUGCUUCACAUGCAAGAAGUGCUCCCUCUCACUGGCCAACAAGCGCUUUGUUUGCCACGACGACAACAUCUAUUGUCCGGAUUGUGCCAAGAAGCUGUGAAGUUCCUCACUGGCAACCGUAGAUCAUAGUAACAGGAUCUCAAUAUACACAUUUAUGUUUUCUAUGCCCAGUAGUGCUGAUUUAGCUGUAGAAAAGGAUACCUUUGCCAAUUUUGCAAUUUAUUUUCAUUUACUGCUGUAAAGCUUCAAGGAGGGGGGGAUUAACAAUUUCACAGUUAACGUCAACAGCAAUAUAACAUAGUAAGGGGAGACAAAGAGGACCCAAACCUCAUAAUGUUGCGUGUGCUCAAUUUAUCAGAAACGCCAAAUGCCGUUCUUAAGACAUCUGCUGUCACACAUCUUCAUGGGCUCAGGCAAAUCUCCUGCCUGGCCACUGUCGCUGUAUGCAUUCAAAGACGCCCCUUGUCAACUCCAAAGUGACCCAGUGUGUGUGUGUUUAUCAGCAGGACUUGGGAUUGCACAUCAUCUCACCUAGGGUUGCUUCUUCCCUUGUGUUCAAACAUCUCCAACACCUUUUGAUACAGUAACUUUUAAAAUGGGCGGUGGUGGUAUAGCGAGGUCGGGGGGAUUCCAUAAUUUAAUUUCCUGAAAAGUCCUGCACAAAUAUAACCUCACUUAUGGAUAACAGCAGGCACGUCUCACUGACGGACACUGUGCAAGUGGAAUGAUUGUGACAGCCAUUGGCAGUGCCACAGCGAGGAUGCAGUACUGCAACUGCAGCCCCCGAGAUUUGUGAAGACCUCUGCUCAGCCCGUCUCCCUAGCAAGACCUUCAGAUUGCACUAACAACAUGGCUGUUGACUACGCUGAAUAUUCAUUCUCUGCAGAUUUCACCUUUGUCACACUUUGUAUUUUAACUAACCUUGUGACAGUUGAAAACAGUAGGGCCAUAUUUGUUUGCAAGCUAACAGACUGGAUAUUUAUUUACUAAGCAUACUGAUGACAGUUGUUUAACUUGAUUAUAGAAGUUAAUCUUGCAUUUUUCAAUUGUUAAGAGGCCUUCAUUUACACAUCAAGGGCUUCUUGUUUGCAUGCGUUUUAAGUUUUUUUUUUUUCUCUUCUGUUAGUAGAUCUAGAGGCAGACACGUUGAGCUUUAGUAUCUACAAGAUGGCAGUGACGCUUCAGUUUAGCUUUUACUUUGAAUUAACCCAAUAACACAUUUACAUGACAUUAAGCAGCAAAAUAUCGUGUGUCUGGUUUCUGAGGAUUUUUCCGCAUGCUGACUUUGCAUUAGGCCUGUGUGGUGUGCUCAAAGGUUCGUGGGCAGCCCCCGAAAGACCGAUUUUGGGGUCUGCACUACUGUCCUGAUUUAUUUAGAUAUGUAAAAAUGCUUUAUAAUCUAAACAUCUGCUAGGGCGCACACUUCAAGGCAGGGUGAGGCUCCGGUCGAGAUUCCUGUGAACACUUUAAAGAUGAGCACUCGGAGACACAACUGCUUCAGUGUGAAGUCGACACCCAACUUUGUGUUGAUGAGCAUGUGCGCCAUCCGCCGCUCUCCUAUCGACUGCAGUGCUGUUAAGCUUUACUUUGCACUUGGAUGAUAAAUUCUGCUGUUUAAUCCUGUUGGUUUCUGAAUGUGCGAUUCCCAAUAAAAUCCUUCAAAAGUGGA